GGGAGAAAGUCUCCCCACCGAUCCUUCGAAUCGCCGGCGGGGCUAAUGCCGCCGGGGAGCUGCGAGCAAAAAGGCGCCUCCGCCCGGUCCCCCUUCCUGUCUGCCCCCGAGGCGGCGGCGCGGCCAGGAAAAGAGGCCGGCCUUGCCCGCUCUUCCUUCAUGUCGCUGCCGCGACCGGCGGUCUUCUUCGAGCGGGAGCUGGCCCGGCGGGACGGCUCCGGGAUCCUCCGGCUGGCGCAGCGCUCGGCCGGCGGGACGGGCUCCGUGGUGUGGGACGCCGCGCUGGUGCUGGCCCGCUUCCUGGAGAAGAGCGUGGCGCUAGCGGGGCGAGGCCCGGAGCGGCGCGGCGGGGCCCCAGUGGGCCUUCUCCGCCACAAGGCUGUGCUCGAAUUGGGCGCCGGCACCGGCCUCGUGGGCCUCGUGGCCGCCAGCCUCGGAGCAAAUGUUACUGUUACUGAUCUGGAGGAAGUUCAGGACUUACUAAAAAUGAACAUUGAGAAUAAUCAACAUCUUGUGUCAGGUUCCAUUCAAGCCAAAAUACUGAAAUGGGGGGAGGAUGUAACAGACUUCCUUCCUGUGCCUGAUUUCAUAUUGAUGGCAGACUGCAUCUACUAUGAAGAGUCACUGGAGCCAUUGCUUAAGACCCUGAAGGACCUGGCUGGUUUGGAUACUCUCAUCCUUUGCUGUUAUGAAGAAAGGACUGUGGGGCAAAACCCAGAAGUAGAGAAAAGGUACUUUGAGCUUCUUCAGAGGGACUUUGAGUUGCAAAAAGUUCCCUUGGAUGAACAUGAUGAAGAAUAUCGGAGUGAAGACAUUCACAUCUUUAUCAUCCAAAGGAGAAAGAUGGUAGGUGUGAGGCUUACAGCUUCUGGAAAUGUUCAUGGAUACAGAUAACCAGCCAGUCUUCCUUCCUUGCAAGCCGAUUCAAUAAAAAUGACUUUGGACUCUUACUUAGUUUCAGAGUUGUCCACUUGAAAUUACAGUUAUAGGCCAGCAUAUAUUUGAAAUCUCUCUUUUCUUUUGUUUCUUCCAUUUGUUUCUUCCUUUAUUAAAUUUAUAUGCCACCUGGCUCCCAGUGACUCUGGAUGGUUUAGAAAUUGUUAAGGAGAAGAAAACAACAAAAAGCAAAAAAAAAAAAGAUGGCAGAGAUAACAAGCAUAGAUGGGAACAAAAAAAAGAAGAAAAGGGCGCUUCAGUCAUUGUUUGCCAGAGGCUUGGGCAAAAAGCUGGUCUUCAGGGCUCUUCAAGACACAAGUAGAGUGAGGGCUGUUUGAAUCUCGGGGGGAACCUCAUUCCAGGCACUGCUACAGUGAAGACAUGUUACGAAUAAAAUGUCCCGGUGCAGAUACGAUGCUGGCUCCCUCAAAAUCAUAGCUUGCAAUUUGUACAUUGGGCCAGCAUUUGCACAGUCCCAUUUUCUGUUCUCUGAUGAAAUUUUCCUUUCCAUAUUUGCUUUAACCAGGGUUAGUAUUGCAUACUGAAGUUAAUUGUGAUUAAUGCUAACCAAGUUCUUUUACAAUUGGUGUAUUUGUCAAUUUCAGACAGGUAUGAUUAGCAUCAAUGCAGAUUAACAUGUGGCUGAGGGAAGAAGGGCUGGACUCCUGUUUACAAAUCAUAGAUUGUAAUUGUGGAAGGCAAUCGGUUUGGUUG